AUGCCUCCCAGCCCCCCAGAAGGUGCACAAGGCUUCCAUCUGUCGCACAAGGUCACCAGCGUCGUCCCCGAGAGCGCACUGCUCAUUGUGUUGGGCCUGGUGCUGGGCGGCAUCGUCUGGGCAGCUGACCACAUCGCCUCCUUCACGCUGACGCCCACCGUCUUCUUCUUCUACCUGCUGCCCCCCAUCGUGCUGGACGCCGGCUACUUUAUGCCCAACCGGCUCUUCUUCGGAAACCUGGGCACCAUCCUGCUGUACGCCGUCAUCGGCACUGUGUGGAACGCGGCCACCACUGGACUGUCCCUCUACGGCGUCUCCCUCAGCGGCCUGAUGGGAGACCUGAAAGUUCAGCUGCUGGAUUGCCUCCUGUUCGGCAGCCUGAUCGCUGCCGUGGACCCGGUGGCCGUCCUGGCCGUGUUCGAGGAGGUACACGUCAACGAGGUCCUGUUCAUCAUCGUCUUUGGGGAGUCACUGCUGAACGACGCUGUCACUGUGGUCCUCUACAACGUGUUUGAAUCUUUCGUGACGCUGGGUGAUGACAAGGUGACUGGCGUGGAUUGCGUGAAAGGCAUAGUGUCCUUCUUCGUGGUGAGCCUGGGGGGCACGCUGGUGGGGGUCAUCUUCGCCUUCCUGCUCUCGCUGGUGACCCGCUUCACCAAGCAUGUGCGCAUCAUCGAGCCGGGCUUCGUCUUCAUCAUCUCUUACCUGUCCUACCUCACGUCCGAGAUGCUGUCGCUCUCAGCCAUCCUGGCGUGAGUCCCCCUCACUCCCACGCCGCAGGGUGCCAGAGCUGCACAGUGUCUGGGCCCACGUGCUGGUGUGCAGGGGUGGGGCGAGG